AUGGCUCCUAAACAAGCAUCCGGAUGGCAAAAACGUCAAAAGAGGAAACGACAAGAUGAAUUGGUGAAGUCACAAAAGGGUGUUAUGCAAAAAUUUUUGACGCCUAAUCCACCUAUUGUUGAUGUGGAAAAACCACAAGAACAAGAACAUGUUGAAGAGCAACAAGAACAUGUUGAACAAGAGGAAGUAGAACAAGAGCAGGAACGUGUGGAAGUAGAAGACGAGCAAGACGAAGAACAUGUUGAAAAGCAACAAGAACAUGUUGAAGAGCAACAACAAGAAGAGCAUGUUGAUUAUAUAUUUGAUCCAAGAAGGUGGGAAGGACUAAAUGCGGAUGAGAUUAAACUAUUGGUCGCGAAAGGUCCUAAAAGAGAUACUAGUAUUGAAUUUGGUCCAUAUGAUAAAUUAAAUAGACGAUUUUCAGCAACUAUUUAUACAAGAACAUUAUCAAACUUGGAGAAGUGUGAUAGAGAAUGGCUAGUAUAUUCGAAAGAGCUAGAUAAGAUGUUUUGUUUUUGUUGCAAAGUGUUUAGAAAUGGGGCGCUAAAAGGUAGAUUGGGAGGUGUAGGUUUUGACGAUUGGCACCAUGCUACCGUUGUAUGA